AGUCUUCAUUUGACCGCAACUUUGAAACCGCCGAAGAAAAUGAGUGCCGAAAGACCCGUUUGGGUGCCCAUUGAGUCCAACCCCGAUGUCAUCAACAAAUUCUUGAGCGCCUUAGGGGUGGCGGACGACAGCUGUCGAGUCGUGGAUGUGUUGGGAGUCGACGAAGAGUUGCUGCCAUUCAUUGAGGGACCGGUUCUGUCGCUCGUACUUCUGUACCCGGACUACGAGGACGUGACCAAACGUGCGGCCGAUUUGGGUGACAACACUGUGGAGGUCGACAAAGACCUGUAUUUUAUGAGACAACUCGUUGGCAACGCUUGCGGUACUAUCGCUCUCCUCCACGCCAUCGCCAACAACUGUCAUCGGAUCCGAUUCACAGACGACUCGUGUCUUAAGAAGUUUCUCGACUCGACCCGCGGUAUGUCCGCCGAAGAGAGCGGACGACUGUUUGCGAAGAACGCAGAGAUAUGUGAAAUCCAUGGCUUAUUCGCCAGCGAAGGCCAGACACAGCCCCGACCCGACGGCGGCAGCGAAGGCCACUUUGUGCCUCUCGUCCACUGCAACGGCGGUCUAUAUCUGUGUGACGCUACUCGCGAUCGAGCCGUCAGUUUCGGCAAAACAUCGGAAGAGACUUUCCUGUCAGACGCGGCCCGCGUUUGCCGUCAAGUGAUGGCUAAACACGAGAAUAAUAUGAAUGCCGAAGAACCUGAUUGGAUACCCAUUGAGUCCAACCCCGAUGUGAUCAACAAGUUCUUGAGCGCCUUAGGAGUGGCGGACGACAGCUGUCGAGUCGUGGAUGUGUUGGGAGUGGACGAAGAGUUGUUGCCAUUCAUUGAGGGACCGGUUCUGUCGCUAGUACUUCUGUACCCGGACUACGAGGACGAGACCAGACGUGUGGGAGAUUUGGGCGACAACACUGUGGAGGUCGACAAAGACCUGUAUUUCAUGAGACAACGUGUUGGCGGCGCGUGCGGUACUAUCGCUCUCCUCCACGCCAUCGCCAAUAACUGUCAUCGGAUCCGAUUCACAGAGGAUUCGUGUCUCAAGAAGUUUCUCGACUCGACCCGCGGUAUGUCCGCCGAAGAGAGCGGACGGCUGUUUGUGUCCAACGAAGACAUACGCGAUAUUCAUCACGUAUUCGCUGUUGAGGGCCAGACAGAGGCGCCGCCCGACGACUCCAGUGACGGCCACUUUGUGCCUCUCGUCCACUGCAACGGAUGGCUAUAUCUGUGUGACGCCACUCGGGAUCAAGCGGUCGGUUUCGGGCGCACAUCGGAAGACACUUUUCUGUCAGACGCGGCCCGCGUUUGCCGUCAAGCGAUGGCCCGACAGCCCAACAAUAAUAAGUUUUCGGUCAUGGCUUUGGUCGGGCAAUGGGUCUAA